AUGCACCAACUCUAUCGCCAACCGUUGGGUGGUCAACAGCUUCAGUAUUUACGCCAACUACGCGAUCUGAGAGAUAAUGAUGUGCGUGAGAAGCAUCUGAAGCGCCAAGGAGGAGUCUCUGCAUCCCUUUACGACACCCAGCAGCCACGGGAUGUUCAGGCACAACACACCGUGGAUGCUAUCGUAGAAGAGCGUCUACAAAACAGCAAAAAUAUCACCUCCGCAAGAGGUUGCGAUAAAAUUUCAGCUGCACGUCAGACAGAGCGAAGUGAGAAACUGAGUGAUGAAAUGCGGCAGCCAGAGAUGAGCAAGACAUGGAAGAUCAUAGGUGUAAGGAGAAGAGGAGGAGCAUCUAAUACAGACCAAAAGGGUAUUCGUACACGUCGAAUUGGAAAAGUUGAAGCUGAGUGGAUGGAAAAGCAACUGCAGUACAAGACGAGAGUGUUGCUUGUGGAAAAAGAGUGUAGAACGGCAGCUGAUGUGAAUAAUCAAUAUGAAGAGUUGGAGAUGUUGAGAGUCAAAGAGAGAGAUAAGAUGAGACAUCAUUUAAGACAUUUGAGCAAAAUGGUGAAGGAUGUGCAAUUAAAAGUGGAAAUGAUGGCGACCGGAAAUCAGUGUAUGUCGGAACUCCAGGAGACUAUUGAUUCAAUGGAAAAAGCACUCGCGAGAUUUCGAGAGGAUCAAUUGCAAAGGUUUGAAGAAUCUGUGCUUGAGGAAAAAGUGCUGGGAAAAGCACUAGCAGUGUUUAUGGAAAAGUUGGCGAGCUGGGAGGAUAUGACGUCACUACGGCUCAAUCGGGGUACUAGCUCUGCCGUUUUAAAGCCAGGUCUGGGACAUAUAAAAAACAAGACUUCUAAUGGUGCCAGUAAGAAGGAUAACCAAAGCGAAAACAAACCUAAAAGUUUGCGCGCUACUUGCAGUAGUAACCAAGAGGAAGAUCAAGCAGUGAUAUCUGCUACUUCCGAUGAUACUGCGAUGGUUAAUCGUGUGCGCUGUCUCAAUGAGGCAAUUAUUCGAUCAGGAGGAUUAGAUGGCGGUUGGGAUGCUCGGGAGCAUUGUACAUUUGUGGCAUUGUUGUCAAAAUGUGGUCUCACUGAUGAUGUUCUACUUCAGCAUUUGUCCCCAGAAGACCUGGAUACGUACUCACAAUUUUUAGGUGAACACUUCGAUCAUAAUCACAACGAGGGAUCGCGCACCAGUAGCGUAUGUGUUUUUGAAACUCGAAUCGCGCGCUUUCUGCACAUAUGUAUGCAGAAGAUUGUUACUCAGCCCAGAGCUUCUGUGCGAUCCCAUCUUGAAUGGUAUUUUCAUUACAUCAAGCUUGUAGAAGAGAAAAAGCACAUGAUUCAGGAGUGGAAAAAGCGCAAACAUGAGGAACGUAAGCAGCUAAUUCACUGUGACUUUAUUGCUGAGAAUCAUGUACCGGAAAAUGCAUCUAGGGCCAAAACGGCAGACGCUCAGCGCGACAAAGUCUCUCAAAUCCAAAAUGCUGAUUUAAAUGAUAAGAAAAAGCGAGAGGAGACGGAAGUUCUAUUAGUACAGUGGAAACAAGAGAAGAAGCAGAAAGAAAUUCAGCAGGAGCAGCGAAAUCGAGAGCUUCAAAUCAAGCGCGACGCAUUAGAAGCAAAGCGGAGACAAGAACAAUUGGAUACCAAGCAGAAAGUUUUAUUGUACAAACUGCAGAAAGAGCAAGAGGCAAUGACGCUCGACUGCUCAGCAAAGUCUCAACAGAAAGGUGCCACGAGCGGAAGCUAUCCACACGAAUCCAUGGUAUCGUCCUCUCCGACUCCUAAUGAGGAGUUGGUUGCGCGCUCCCACAAAGCCAUUGAGUCCGCAAAGGCGAAACGCUUGCGACUUCAACGACUAGAGCUUCAAAAGCAAAAACGAUUACAGCUUCCUCGUCGCCCCGAGCCCAAAGUUAUCGACGAAAACGUCAAAGCUUUGCCAAAACCAGCUGUGGCGUUAAACGCGACUGCAGCGUCUAGGGCGCGAGACCUAAGUAAGCAAGACAUUCAAAGGAACACGCGAAGACGGGAACGUCAGAGUGCACAUGACGCUUACUUUCCUGGCAUUGAAGCGAUUCCCGACGUCAAGAUCAAAAGUUUUGGGCACAUUCCAAUUCAGCCACGCGCCACACCAGCAUGGAGAAAGAAUAUAUAA